AGUGGAAAAUGUAUUAUUAUAAAUGGCGCUAUUCACUAUAGUUGCAUUUUUAUCUAUUUUAAUAUAUUUACUUUGCGUUAAUACGUGCGGCAGAUGUUAAUUUGUGAAUGCGGCAAAAACAAAUAAAUAACAUUUAGGCAUUAUUAAAGCCUUUCCGUGCAGGCACUUUCUUGGACAGCCACCUCCACCACCAGUGAUCCUGGUGAAGGACCCGUGCAGUCCACUAUGGCGGCGCCCGGUGGAAGUUUAAACUGUGAGGACUAUUCAAUGUUUCAGGAGGUACUGAAGGUGAUGCGCACUAUAGACGACCGCAUUGUCCAUGCCCUGAACACCACCGUGCCCACAGUCUCCUUCUCAGGCAAAGUGGAUGCCACACAAACCUGCAAACAGCUCUAUGAAUCUAUGAUGGAGGCUCAUCUUAGCAGAGACAAAGCUAUCAAGGCUUGUAUAGCUCAAACAUCAGAGGUGGUGGGACAGCUGCGUGAGCAAAGAGCAAAAGACAAUGAAAACAUGGCACUAAUCAAACAGCUCAGGAAGGAGCAAACCAAAUUAAAGCUGAUGCAGUCAGAGCUGAACGUUGAAGAAGUUGUAAAUGACAGAAGUCUGAAGGUUUUCAACGAAAGGUGCAGAAUCCACUACACGCCUCCGAAGGUGAAAUGAAGUCCUGCUUCAUGAAAGGAGCUCUUUCACUCGAGGUUUAAAUCCAGGCUGGAGCUGAAACUGUGAACUGCUGCUGAGUCCUCGCUGCAGGCUGUUCACCACCCAGACAUCUCUGACCUCUUCCCCGACACACAAAUAUAUUCCAGUGUCAUUACUGUAUUAAUUUACCAUCAUUGUAAAACAGUUGCCCGUGUGCUUCUUCCAAGACAAAAUUAUUGUACAAAAAAAGAGUUUUUUAAAAAUGGAGUCAAAUGUUUGUCUGAGUUUGAAAUCAUUUGUUGACCUUAAACGUCCUUUUUACAUGUAUUGAAUUCAAAUGUUUACUAUGCACUGUCUUCAUCAGGAAUUGGUUCAACAACUGCUGGGUUGAUGGAUUACUGUGACAU